UAAAAUUUAAGUUGGAGUUUAUGGAUAUAGAAGAUUCGGAUGUAUUAACCACAGUCAAGUUUAUUCUAUUAUUCUUUUUGACCUUGACUAGGCAAUUGGCUACCAGGAGAUCUUUGACCAGUUUUUGGUCUUGUAUGAUACCUUCUUUUAUUUCAGGAUUUGAGACAGAGCAUUCGAUGACCAUUUCAGAUCUCGGAGGGAUGUUAUAUACAGGUUCGUGGAAUAGUAACUUUAUAUUUACAUCAUUGAUUCUUAGAGUGUUCUUAGUGUAAUUAAUGUUACACCCAAAAGCGUUUAGCAUAUCAGUUCCGAUUAUGCCAUCAUAAGGUAUGUCAAUUUCUCUUACGACAUGGAAUUUGUAGCUGAUCGAUUUUUGUUUGGAAUCUAGAGGUUGUAAUUUUAAGUUAAAGUGGCCCAUGGUCUUUGUUGACUCUUGACCAGGAUCUAUUCCCUUUAGGUUGAUUUGCUCCUUGACAAGAGUGAGAUAUGUUUGGAUUGAAUUAUAUUUAAUGAGGCUAAUUGCUGAACCUGAAUCAAUGAGUAAUGAAAGAGGUAUAUCUGAAACAGAGGACUUGAUGAGGAUAUGCGGGAGUAAUAUUUUCUCUGGAUUAGUAGUAAUUUCAAAGACUUUAUUACCUUUAAUGGCGUCGGAUUUUGAAUCCUUUACAGGAUCGAAGUUCUGGGAUUUAGAAUCGGAUUUGGGAGAUCUGAGUUCUUCACGGCGAACUUCAGACUGGAUUUUCACUUGCGAGGUGGACACGGAGGGUUUUGUCACGGAUGCAGAGGUUUUCUUUACAGACACAGAGGGUUUCAACUUGGAUACAGAGGAUUUCUUUGCAGGUACGGAGGGUUUUGUCACGGAUGCAGAGGUUGUAUUCACGGAUUCAGAGGGUUUAUUCACGGAUACAGAGGAUUUCUUUGCAGAUACGGAGGGUUUUGUCACGGAUGCAGAGGUUGUAUUCACGGAUUCAGAGGGUUUAUUCACGGAUACAGAGGGUUUCGACUCGGAUACGGAGGGUUUUUUCACAGAUACGGAGGGUUUUUUCACAGAUACAGAGGGUUUUGAGUCGGAUACAGAGGUUUUCUUCACGGAUACAGAGGGUUUCGACUCGGAUACAGAGGUUUUAUUCACAGAUACAGAGGGUUUUGAGUCGGAUACAGAGGUUUUCUUCACGGAUACAGAGGGUUUCGACUCGGAUACAGAGGUUUUAUUCACAGAUACAGAGAGUUUAGUCACGGGUGCACGUCCCAACACGGAUGCAUAGGAUUUUGACAUGGAUACAGAGGGUUUGGCAUCGAUUUUGAAUUUUUGGUGUCCCGUACGACACCAAGACGGGACCUUUAUUCGUUUAAAUGAUCUGGGGAAUAAUCAUUCUCAGAACCAGUGUCUACCUCAUCACGAGACUCGAUAUUCUCUUCUUGCAUGAAAUUUACGCGACUGGGGCCCGGUCUAGAGAAUGAGUUGGGAUUACGAGCCGGUGCUUGUGCCUGAGGGUUACGAUAACGGCUAUUAUUGUAUUCACGUUUUUUGCAAUUCAUUAAAACGUGACCUUCGGAUUUGCAGUAUCUGCAAAUCACUGGGGAUUUGGAAGACGUGUCAUUGGGUUGAGAGUUAGCGGGUCGUUGCGCAAAACUCGAU